AUGAAGCCUCCAUACAAAUCUUGGAACUACAGGGUUCAGAGAGCUUCAGAUGAAUCUCCACAGAGAUGUCAUGUGGCUAACCUUCCAGAAACUGGCCUGUAUAGAAAAGAAAAUGGGAAGACUAGAACAUUGAAGAUCGGUGCAAAAAUUCCAGGAAAAAUGCACAUCUGUGCCCACACUAGUCAAAAAUCAUAUGAAUAUCAUGAACAUGGAGAGAAUCUAUGCAAAUGUAAGGAAUGUGAGAAAACCUUCAUUUAUUGUCAUUCUCUUCAAAUUCACGGAAGGUCUCACCCUGGAGAGACGCCCUAUGAAUGUAAACAAAGUUGUAAGGCCUUCAGAUGUUGUAGUUUGUUAGGAGAAUGUAAGGAAGGUAAGCAAUGUGGGAAAGUCUUCAGUUGUUCCAGUUCUGUUUGAACACAUGAACGAACUCACACUGGAUAGACACCCUAUGAAUGUAAAGAAUGUGGGAAAGCAUUCAUUUGUCUCAAAAACAUUCAAAGAUACCUCAUAGCACACCCUAUAGAUGGUCCUUAUAAAAGUAAGGUGUCUGUGAAAGUCUUUAGUUGUUUUAGUUCAUUUUCAAUACAUGAAGGAACUCACACCAGACAGAAACACUAUCAAUGUAAAUUUGGGAAAGCCUUCCACCAUUUAACUUCCUUUCAAGGACAUGAAAGAACUCACAUUGGAGAGAAACACUAA